AUGGAUUCUAUAUGUUCUGUGACCUCUGCAUAUGGUGAACUGAACGUGGUACAGAACAAAAAGAAUGAGCGUGAUGGCCCUAAAAAAACUGAGGAAAGUCUGGCCAACAUUCUUCCCAAAGCACAUGCAGAAAGUAGGGAUUCUGCACAUAACGUACAGAUUGAGGUUGAGCAUCUUCGUGUGGCACUGGACAUCAUGCCAUAUCUUAUUGCCGGAGUUCAAAUUGCAGCAGGCAUGAGGACCGGGACUAAACGUGGCAUCCCUGUGCUUCCACUCAGGCGUCCAACUGCAAUCAAGCGUCCUCGAGGCCCUCCUCCACUCCCACAGAUCCCUGGUACAGAGCCACCGCAAUCAGGGGGGCGCCGCAAUAUCCAUUCUCUAUCUGAAGACACACAGGGUAGGCCCCGUAACCUUGCUGCUUUAGUGAGGAGACUACUGGCUGCCAUAGCAUUGAGGCUUGAUGUUAGGGGCUUGUUCGAGGGGAUUUCUCUGUGUACAAGUACGUGUUACAUCAUUCAUGCGUCAGUGCUUCUCUACACUAUUUGGCGAGCUUUCAAACGUCCGCCACCUGAUGAGGAGGCCCCUCCUGGUGGAGAUGGAGCUCCUCCUCCUCCCCCUCCUGGUGGAGAUGGAGCUCCUCCUCCUCCUCAUGGAGGACAUUUCCCUCCUCCUCCACCUCAGUUGGGUGAGAACAAGUGUGAGCUGCAGGACAAUUCAAAUGGAGGAAAUGUCCCUCCUACACCUCAAGAAGGACACGAAGCUCCUCCUCAUGGAUUAUGUGCCAAAAUGAACAAGGUUGUUCUGGCCUAUAGUGGUGGCUCAGACACUGCCAUGGUAGAUGUUGCCAAAGCUGUUGGAGCGGAUGCCGUAGCUCAUGGAUGCACAGGGAAAGAACAUAGUGAAAUUCGGUUUGAGCCGACAUUCUUUGCUCUGGACCCCAAAUUGAUUGUGGUGGCUCCUUGGAGGGAGUGGGACUCUAUGGGUAGUGAAGAUGCUAUUGGACAUGCUAAGAAGCAUAAUGUGCCUGUCCCAGUGUCGAAUAAAUCCAUCAACAGCAGAGAUGGGAACUUAUGGUGCCGUAGUCGUGAGGGUGAUACUUCGGGAGAAGAAAACGAGCCAAAGAAGGACACAUUCAUGUUAACCGUCAAUCCUGAAGAUGCACCGCAUGAAGCUGAGUCUGUAGAUAUUGGGAUUGUAUCAGGAAUUCCUGUUUCAGUCAACGGGAAAAAGCUUUCACCGGCAUCUUUGCUUACAAAGCUUAAUGAAAUCGGCAGGAGACACGGAAUUGGUCAUAUGGACAUGUUUGGAAACUGUCUUAGUCGUGCUGUCUAUGAGACCCCGGGAGUUGAUAUAUUGUUUGCUGCAGCACGGAAGUUGGAGUCCUUAACCAUGGAUCAAGAAACACUGCAGGUUAAAGACUCGUUUGCGCAGAAAUAUGCAGAUCUGGUUAAUGCAGGCAGGUGGUUCGACCCACUUCGGGAGUCGGUGGAUUCUUUCAUGGAGAACAUCUCGAGGAGAACAACAGGGACAGUAACUCUAAAGUUGAACAAAGGCUUGAUCACAGUCACUAGCACAUGUACAUGA